CGUCGAACUACAGGUAAAAUUAAAUCAAUUGUGCAUUUAAUUUUAAAAGUUUUAUUUUGUACACAGUAGUUUUCAAAGAACAUCUAUUUUAGCUAUCCUUGUUGUAAAAGGUUAAAGAUUUCAAAUAGAAAUAAAGAUGAAAAUCUAAUUACACCUUAACAAUCAAGACUUGUUAUGUUCUCUGAUUACAAAAGCAUACGGCGAGCUUAUACUCCUCCAGUAACUCCAAUUAGAGGAAGAAAACCUAGACCUAUAUCUGGCAGUGAUGGGGAUGUUCGUAUCAAACUCAAUUUUUCUCCCUCUGGAAUUCUCCAAAAUUUUGCAUUUCCUCAUCCUUUUCGCAGAAGAAACAAAUCCAAGGAUAGGUAUUCAGAUGGUGAUGUUGCAGGUACAUUGAGACCCAGAGAAUUAAUUGAGUUAGCAAGUUUUGGUGUUGUGGAGUUGGAACCAGCUGAAAGAGGAAUUGGACACCAAUUUCAAAUUUCCAGCUUAAAGAAUCCAACUUGGUGUGACUGUUGUGGAGAUUUUAUCUGGGGCCUAUACAACUCAACAGAUUGUCUUAGAUGCCUUAAUUGUCGUUAUACCUGUCACCAGAGGUGCCAACAUCUUGUGACGCUUGACUGUAAAGGAUCAUCUGGUGAUACACAAACAACCAAUUUCAGUGAAAUAAUUGACACUUUAAAAAGUGAUGUUAGAGAGAGGGACAGGUUGUCACCUUUAUUUUUUGAACAUCUUGAUGGGGAAGAGUUACGUCAUAGAAUUGAACGCUAUAAUGCAUUGCACCAUAGUUCUGAAAUGGUUUUGCAAGAAGAUGGUGAAACGCUACACGGGUUUAUUCGUGUCCACAUGAACCUAACAAGGCCAAUCAAUGUAAUUGCUGGGACACGUCCACCUUCCAUCUAUGAUAUUCUAAAAGAAGAAGAUGAUUGUGGUAGAAAAACAUUAACUUCUUUUUAUUUACCUCGAGAUACUGUUAAAGCCUUGCACAUAACCAGUGAAUACUCUGCCCGAGAAGUCAUCAAUGCUUUGCUGAAAAAAUUUAAAGUAGCUGACAAUCCUCACAAAUUUGCCUUAUAUGAAAGGACCUAUUCCAAUGGUUUUAAUAAAGCAAAACUGCGAAGAAUUCAGGAUCAUGAGAUACCAUUGUUGCUAGCACUGUAUGCCUGUGAUGAAGAUAAGCAUUUUGUAUUACAAGAAAAUGAAACAGAGGAUAUUAUUUGGGAGCAGUUUGCAAUCCCUGAGCUUAAUAAUUUUCUGAAAAUUCUGGACUUAGAAGAGGAAGAGUACAUUAAUCAAGUAAAACUCAAGUACAAAAUGCUGCAUGAAAAAAUUCAGGACGUCAUGAAUACUAUUCCUCAAUCAGAUAUAUCUGAAACUAGCUAGACAACCUAGUUUAAAAUAAUGUGAAAUUAAAUCUAGG